CUGAUUCUUCACGGCGACGCAGAGUCAUCCAGAGGGAACAGAUUCUUCUCAACCAUUAACUUUUCUUUCUUUCCUUCAAUAUCCUUGAAAUUUGAACAUAAAUUAAUACUCACUUUCCCUUCUAAGAAUUCACCAUUCCUUAUUCUCCCAACCAAAAUAUUCUCACUCUACCUACCUACCUAUCUACACUCAAUUACCACUCUUCAACUAACACUAUUGGUUCUCCCAUAUCCAAUUCAAUUCAACCUCACAAAACACUCAACAAUGUUCUUCAAAUCAUCUCCAAAAAUGUUUCACACCUCAUAGCUUCUCCCAAAUGGACAUCCUUAUCCAAUCUAGAAAUGAUUCUCCCUCUGUCUUGUUCUUACAUUUAAGUAAUUGCUUUUUCCAUUUUCAAAAGUAACCCAAUCCGAAUCACUUUCCAACCUCUAACAUUAAUUGAAUACACAAUUUUCUCCCAAAAAAAAAACAAGACCACUUUUUUGUUAGUACCUUAACAACUAAAGUGAAUCUUGUGAAGAACUGUCCCUAUCUUCAUGCAUGAAUAACACAAACUAUCUCUUCACGAGAAAAACCUGUCACUCGUGUCUCAAACUCUAUAAACUUCAACUACAAAGCUUCACCAUUUUCAUCCUCUACCAAAAUUCUACAACAUGGAAAAACAAAAACAAAAACAACAACAAAAACUCAUUCUCAUUCUUAUUUUUUCACUACUAUGUUCAAAUGGAAACUCCUUUUCACUCUCAAGAGACUAUGAAAUUCUUCUUCAUGUCAAAAACACACAAAUCAACGACCAAAACAAAAGUCUCAAAGAUUGGUUUCCAAACACAGAACAUUAUCCUUGUAACUGGACAGGAAUAACCUGCGACUCACGAAACAAAUCAGUUGUUUCCAUCGACCUCUCCGAAAUCGGUAUCUACGGAGAUUUUCCCUUCAAUUUCUGUCGCAUUCCAUCUCUCCAAAACCUUUCUCUUGCUGUCAACUUUCUCGGCAAUUCAAUUUCUUCACACUCCAUCUUACCAUGUUCUAAGCUUCGUUUGUUGAACAUCUCCGACAACUUAUUCGUCGGAAACUUGCCGGAAUUCAACUCAGAAAUCUUCCAACUAAGAGUACUCGACCUUUCAUUAAACAACUUCACCGGCAACAUUCCGGCGAGUUUCGGCCGGUUUCCUCAACUGAAAAUUCUCAUUUUGUCUUCAAACCUUUUCACCGGAACGGUUCCUUCGUUCUUAGGUAACCUCAGUGAGUUAACUCAUUUCGAACUCACCUACACCGAAACAAUGAAACCUUGUUCUUUACCUUCACAGCUGGGAAACCUCACUAAGCUACAAUUUCUCUACCUCUCCAGCAUAAACCUCGUAGGUAACAUACCAGAUUCCAUUGGAAACCUUAUUUCCAUCGAAAACUUCGAUUUGUCUCGAAACUCUUUGUCUGGUAAAAUCCCAUACACAAUUUCUGGUAUGAAAAAUGUGAAACGAAUUAUACUUUUCGACAACAAUAUUUCCGGUGAAAUUCCACAAGGUUUAUCAAACCUCACAAAUUUGUCUCUCUUAGACCUCUCUCAGAAUGCACUCACCGGAAAAUUUUCUCAAGAACUCGCUUCAUUGAAUCUUUCUGUAAUUCACUUGAAUGACAACUUUCUCAGUGGAGAAAUUCCAGAAAGUUUAGCUUUGAACCCAAACUUGCUUAAUCUGAGUCUUUUCAACAAUAGCUUUUCAGGGAAACUACCACAAGAUCUUGGAAGAAACUCUGCAUUGAGAAAUAUCGAUGUUUCAACGAACAACUUCAUCGGAGAGUUACCUGAGUUUCUCUGUAUAAGGAAGAAACUUCAGCGACUUGUUACGUUCAGUAAUCGAUUUUCUGGGUCUCUUCCUGAUGAGUAUGGACACUGUGAUUCCCUUAUUUAUGUAAGAAUUGAGAAUAACGAUUUCUCUGGUUCAGUUCCACCGAGAUUCUGGAAUCUACCAGAGCUUGAUGUUGUGAAAAUGGAUCAUAACAAGUUCAAAGGUUCAAUCUCUGGUUCUGUCUCUCCAGGAAUCACAAAACUGAUUUUAUCUGGUAACAGGUUUUCCGGUGAGUUUCCGGUUGGAGUCUGCGAACUUGUUGAGCUAGUUGAAUUCGAUGUUGGAAAUAACCGGUUCGCAGGUGAAGUUCCUACCUGCAUAACCGGUUUGAAAAAGUUGCAGAAGCUUAAAAUGCAGGAGAAUAUUUUCUCCGGUGAGAUUCCCCUUAAUGUAACUUCCUGGACUGAAUUAACGGAGCUAAACUUGUCGCAUAACCGGUUCGCCGGUUCAAUUCCACCGGAGCUUGGUAAUUUACCUGAUUUAAUAUACCUUGAUCUUUCAGUUAACUUUUUAACAGGAAAGAUUCCGGUGGAGUUAACGAACCUAAAGUUGAAUCAGUUCAAUAUUUCUGAUAACAAAUUGUCCGGCGAGGUUCCUUCGGUUUUUAACAGUCAAGUUUAUUUGUCGGGUUUAACUGGUAACCCGAGUUUAUGUAGCAAUGUGAUGAAAACCAUUAGUCCUUGUUCGAAACACAAACCCUUUUCAGUUGUUGCUAUAAUUGUUUUAGUUGCUUUUGUUGUGUUGAUUUUUGCUUCUGUUUUGUGGUUCUUGAAGAGAAAGUCGAAAGCUUUUGUUGGAAAAUCGAAACGGGCUUUUACGACAACAUCUUUUCAGAGAGUUGGGUUCAGCGAGGAAGAUAUAAUUCCAUUUUUAACCAGUGAGAAUUUGAUCGGUAGAGGCGGGUCAGGUCUGGUUUAUAAAGUGAAGGUGAAAACAGGUCAAGUAGUUGCAGUGAAAAAACUUUGGGGUGGAAAUGGAAGACAGAAACCUGAGAUGGAAUCGGUGUUUAAGUCAGAAAUUGAAACAUUGGGCAGAAUUAGACAUGCUAAUAUAGUGAAACUUUUGUUUUGUUGUAGUUCUGAUGAUUUCAGAAUAUUGGUUUAUGAGUAUAUGGAGAAUGGGAGUUUAGGUGAUGUUUUGCAUGAGGAAAAGUGUGAUGAGUUAUUGGAUUGGUCUAAGAGAUUUAGAGUUGCUCUCGGUGCGGCUCAAGGGUUGGCUUAUUUGCACCAUGAUUGUGUUCCGGCUAUUGUUCAUAGAGAUGUGAAGAGCAAUAACAUAUUGCUUGAUCAUGACUUUGUACCUCGGGUUGCUGAUUUUGGACUAGCUAAGACAAUGCAAAUUCAAGGAAGUGAAAACGCGAUGUCUAGAAUUGCUGGUUCAUGUGGUUACAUUGCUCCCGAGUAUGGCUAUACACUGAAAGUGACCGAGAAGAGUGACGUCUAUAGUUUUGGCGUGGUGCUGAUGGAAUUAAUAACCGGAAAAAGGCCAAAUGACUCGUGUUUUGGUGAGAACAAAGAUAUUGUGAAGUGGGUCACUGAGAUUGCUUUAUCAACAUCUCAUGAAGGAGUUCAAGAUUGUGUUGUGACACAGAUUGUGGACCCAAGAUUGAACUUAGACACUAGUGAUUAUGAAGAAGUUGAAAAGGUAUUGAAUGUGGCACUACUUUGUACCUCUGCGUUUCCAAUUAGCAGACCUUCUAUGAGAAGAGUUGUUGAAUUUCUUAAGGAUCAUAAACUAGUUCAUCCUAAGUCCUGAAAUUCCCUUGAACUUUCCAUUGAAUUGCAUCACAUGAAAGUGGUGGAAAACUUUCAAUUUUUGAAGGAAGUUUUCAAUAUAUCUUGAUUAAGGACUUGAUGGUUAUUAUGAGUGAUUUUGUUUACUAACUCACGUAAUGUAAAUCUUCUUGUAUAGAUGGUGUGUGUGAAUGAUAUUUUGAUCAUUGUUAGGAAAGUAUCUACUAGAAUGUUACACCUAUGUUUUAGAUGUAUCAAAUAUGAGAAAAAUAUGAGUAUAAGAAAAUUUUCUGCAA